CGUCACCAUACCGGAAGUGUGUGCUGCACGACUGCUGUUGUUGACACUGCGGACCCACGGAUAUACAGGGAAUUUAGCAGUUCAUGGGUGUCCGUGAUAUAAAUGCAAACUGUUAAUUCUUCAUUCAUACCUUCGCGUUAAGUAGAUUUUAUCCUGCCGUCUUGUGUUUGGUUGGCUGUCUGUUUGAUUUCCUCUGAAUCCUGCUAACUUAGCAUCGGGAGCUAACCUGUAAUGGAGGAAGUUAGCUAAUUAGUAAACCAUGGAGAGAACCAUUACGCUCAGUUAAUAGACGUGAACACUGCGGAGAUACCCUUUAUUGUUUCUAGGGGCUUUAUUCUGGCUGGGACAAGUUAAAACAAGAUGUCAGUAGAGCUGGAUGUAUUUGUAGGUAACACCACUAUCAUGGAUGAGGUGGUUUACCAACUUUGGCUGGAUGGAUACACGGUGAAUGAUGCAGUGAAAGUACGUAUGGAGGGAGGCGUGUUGGAGGAGUGUGAGGCAAGCGCAGAUGUCCUUCUGAGUGACACCAUGGACCAGUACAGGACUUUCCAGAUGUGUGAGCGUCUGCUGCACAGUCCUGCCAAACUAGGAAACCAGCUGCUGUUCCAGAUUCCACCACAUCGACAAACCCUCCUUAUAGAGAGGUACUAUGCCUUUGAUGACUCAUUUGUCCGUGAGGUCUUGGGAAAGAAACUCUCCAAGGGAACAAAGAAAGACUUAGAUGAUAUCAGUGCCAAGACAGGAGUAACGUUAAAGAGCUGCAGACGACAGUUCGACAACUUCAAACGUGUUUUCAAAGUUGUGGAAGAGCUGAAGGGACCCCUGGUGGAGAACAUACGUCAGCAUUUCCUUCUCUCUGACAAGCUUGCCAGAGAUUACGCGGCCAUUGUUUUCUUUGCCAACAAUCGUUUUGAGACGGGAAAAAGAAAGCUGCAGUACCUCACUUUCCAAGACUUUGCUUUCUGUGCCGGGCAGCUCAUCAACAACUGGACAGUUGGAGCUGUCGAUAACAUGGUGGAAGACAUGGACGUCGAUCUUGAUAAAGAGUUUUUGCAAGAGCUGAAAGAACUUAAGAUAUUAAUCACUGACAAAGAUUUGUUGGAUCAACACAAAAGUUUGGUCUGCACAGCUCUCAGAGGAAAGACUAAAGUUUUUACUGAGAUGGAGGCUAAUUUUAAGAAUCUUUCCAGAGGUCUCGUCAACAUUGCAGCAAAGUUAACCAACACAAAAGACGUCAGAGAUUUCUUUAUUGAUCUUGUGGAGAAGUUUAUUGAGCCGUGCCGUUCGGACAGAUGGACGGCCGCGGACAUGAAACUCUACCUCACUCACUACACCAACUCUGCUCACAUACUCGACACAUUCAAACACCAGGCCGUGUGGGACAGAUACAUGGGCGUCAUCAAAAGCUGUAUCUUCAAAAUGUAUCACGACUGAAGCGUUAUUGGCUCGACCCCUCUUUUCUCCCCCGGUUUGUUUACCCCGUCACCUUUGUGGCGUCGGUUGUGAUUUCUCUGUUUCUGAUGAAUUUCGCAUCCUUGGUUUUAACUUCAAACGCCCUGCUUGCGGUCCUAGUGUCCCCGCUGUGUCUGUAAAUUUGAUUUGUAAAUAAAAUGGACAUAUUUACA